AUGGGCAAAAUCUGUCCGCUGAUGGGACCAAAAAUGUCGGCCUUCUGUAUGGUCAUGUCUGUGUGGGGAGUGAUCUUUCUCGGUCUUCUCGGUGUAUUCUUCUACAUUCAAGCCGUAACUCUCUUCCCAGACCUUCAUUUCUCUGAGAAUGAGCAAGGAGCAGGAAAGGUUCCAACGAGUCAGAUCGAAUCCAAAUACAACGAGAAAGCAACACAAUGUUGGAUUGCCGCCGGACUUUACGCAGUGACGCUCAUCGCCGUUUUCUGGCAGAACAAGUAUAAUACGACGCAAAUCUUCUAA